GGCCGGGCGGAGGGGCCGCCCCGCCUCUUAGUCGGCGGCAGCUGCUGCUGCUGCUGUGGGGCCGGCGCCGUGGGCAGCCGCCAUGCCGCGCUCGCUGAAGGAGGAGACGGCGCUGCUGCUGGAGGAUUACUUCCAGCACCGCGCCGGCAGCGCCGCGCUGCCCUGCAGCCCCACGGCGGGCACGCUGCGGCGGGCGGCGGCCGAGCUGGAGCGGCAGGAGCGGCCCUUCUUCCGCUCCUGCGCGCCGCUGGCGCGGGCCGAGCCGCGGGAGGCGGCCGCGCUGCUGGCCAGGGUGGCGGCGCAGCUCGAGGCCGACGGCGGCCUCAACUGGGGCCGGCUGCUGGCGCUCGUGGUGUUCGCGGGCACGCUGGCGGCCGCGCUGGCCGAGCGGGGCUGCAGCGACGGGCCGCGCUGCCUGGCCGCUCACCUGGCCGCAUACCUGGCCGAGGAGCGCGGCGAGUGGCUGGAGGCGCACGGCGGAUGGGAUGGCUUCUGUCGGUUCUUUGGCAGGCCGGGCUCGGAGGCGGCCGAGCAGAGCAGCACCAUCGGCAACGCCAUCGUGGCGGCGGCGGCGGGCAUCGGCAUCGGCAUGGCGGGGCUGGCCUUCCUCCUGGUGCGGUAGGACACCGGCGCAUCCUGCCCAGGGAAAGUACUCUCAAAACUGACAGUUUACCAGAUUUCACUUUAUUUUCUAUAGAACAGACCCUCUAAGAAGAAGUCUAUAUUUUUAAACUGGCUCAGAAAACUGCCUCACCAAAUCCUUGGCUAUAAACUGCUUCACUCACUACCCAGUGACGGCACAGACAGAUGUGUACUAGAGCACUAUUUGUGCAUGUUCAAAACCUGUUAUCUCCAAACAUCCUCUGGACUUUCUUUUUUGAAGGUGUAAACCUAAACUUUAGCAUGGUUCAUGUACUGUAACUUCUGAGUGCUUGGUGUUAUGCUAGGAAAACAUUAUGGUGGGCUUGCUACUAAACCCUCUGUUCAAGAAGUCUCAUUUACCUGGAGGCAAGUUUGGAACCCGCCUUCAUUAAUGCUGUAAAGUGGGCAAACCUUGACUGUGAUCUGAUGUGGUUUAUGGCUUCAAACGUGGUGCACAGCACUUGUAAUCAAAAGGCAACUCCUUUGUUCAUUUAGGGCAGUUGGUGCCUGUGAUGCUAGAAGCAUUAGGGCUUAGUGUAACAUAAGGCUGAAUUCAUUACACUACAAGAAGGUAAGUAUUGAUACAGGACAGUAAUGGCUGCAGAACUGGUUCCUACUGAAAGGAAAAGAAUUUAAAUAUUAAACCUUAAUUGGUAUAUUGAAAUCCAGUGAAGGCUGGAAUUUCUCUGGAUUUCCCUUACAAAGUGAGAAUUUCCAUAUAUCUUAAUAUAUUUUUGAAGUAUUUAUCACUGUAUAAUACUUGUAGCCAUAACAUCUUUAUUUUUGUUUAAAACUUAAUGCUGGUUCUCGUCACUCUAGCGUGUAUCAAGCGUUGUCUUGUUUUAGUAAUAUUUCACUCUGUUUUCAAAAUGCUGUGUAUUUCUUUCAAUUGUUGUACAGGUUGUACAAAUUGCCUUAUGUUUCUGGUAGCUUUUGAAUAAUGUUCCUGGGUUACUCACAACUGUACAAUUUUACUAUGGUGACUUCAAAGGUGAAUAAAUGUUGAGUAUUUUUAUUUUAAAAAAUCUUUCUGAUUAUUAGGUCGGAUGGGUGCUGCUGCUCAGACAGUGUGUGUUUUGGUGGUUACCUGGAUGCAUCAGUUUGUAUUCACUGUAUUGCUGGUGCUUUGACCUGAGACAAGGACUUGUGAAGCACCAGAGCAGUUUGAUACCAGUCUCCAGAGCAGCCCUGCAGUCCAAACUAGAGUGGAAAAUCCCAUCCGAAAGGUCCAUCUUCAGCAUCGGGAUUGGAAGCAACCUGCUGGUUUUGUAGGCCAAAGUUUACUAACAUAGGUGGGUGCAAUCAGGCUCCUCUGAGAGCUUGUAGAGAGUGACAGAGCUCUUGUUUCUUCUUUGCCAGGACUUGCUGCUGCCUCUCUCACACGUGCAUGCUUUUUACUGAAACUGAAGUUCUGGUCCAUGUUAUGAUGACAGCUGUGCAAUGUGCUGGUGGAGUUCAACCUUCCUGGAUUAGUCCUCCUGAGCAGCUGUACUCUUUGAGGGUGUUGGGCAAGGCUGGUCUCCUGCCCCUGUGUCCAGUCUGGGGGCUCUGAUGCCUGUUCCAGCUGCACGUCCAGUGGGCAGCCAGCUUCCCCUUGGGAAAGCUCAGGUCAGCAUCCCUGUGGCUGCCAGUGGCCACCCUGCUUCUCCUUCUGCUGGCCACCGGGCCUGAGGCAGGCGUGCUGGACAGAGCAGCCUUGUGCUGGCUGGCCACAGAUGUGGGACAGGGACAAAAAGGGGCAUUCAGGGGCUGGUAAGUCCCACACAGGCAGGAAGGAGCUGCUGGUCCUCCCCCUCACGCUGCUGGCUGGAAUAAACGUCUGCUUGUUCUCCAACUUCCAGUUCUCUAACCUCCAGCUUGCCUCCUCUCAGCAAGGGGAUUGGGAGCCCAUGGUGCAGGGCUGUGCUCAGUUCCUCUCUCAGGUUCCUGCAGGGCUGACACCCCUGUGUGUGACAGCUCAGUGCUCUGGGUAUCUGCCUGCAGACAUCCAGUGCCCGAAACUUUGCCCACAGUGGGAAUGAGCUGGUGGGUCCUGGGAACUGGAAGUAGUUUCUAAAAUGUGGGAUGCUUGUAUGAUGAAAAGCAUGGGGAAUGACAGGGCAAGAAAUGCUCUAAACAAAGGUCAAAUGUCUCUCCUGUGCCAAACAGAACAAAGAUAAAAUAUCUGUAUCUUGAUUUUCAGUGUAAUCUGAUCUGGCAGGCUCCACAGAAACAAUAGCAGAGAGGAUAUUUAUGCUGGCUUUUCCAGUGUGCUCUGGAAAAGUGAAAAAACCCCCAUCAAACCCAGCCUGGAAAUGCCCUUUAACGGUCACAUCAGCUUUUGGUGUAAACCUGACCCUUUCCAAAGUGCAGCUUGAGGAGCAUGUGCCAGUCUUUCCUGGCCUGGAGAAGCUGGGAGUGGGCUUUCUGGGAGCCAGGGAGGCUGCAGGCUGGGUCAGGAGGCCGCAGGGGCAGCACUGCCUGGGCCAGGCUGCUCUGGUCCCUGCUGGGAGCCUGAGCUCAGUGCCCUGGAGCAGGGGCACAGCCCAGGCUGCUGCAACAGGCACAGGUGGGAGCUGCCCAUCCCAGCCAGGGCCAGGCUCCCUGGGCUGCUCUCUGACGUGGCAAUGUGGGAUUGAAGAGCAGAACUUAAAUCACUGGAGCCCUGUUGAUUUCAGGGCAGUUCAGACUAACUUACGUUUGCAUGACUUCUGGUUUUAAAAGAAACUAUUUCAGUUUCAGCCUGACAUUUUGUCUCAAUGAAGUAAUAUAUUUCUCAAUUGAAAACUGCUGCUCAUCUGCUUUCUGCCUCAGAAGAGGGAAGCAAGAUGCUGCUGUUCCUUCCUUUAAAAGCAGAAGGGGAGUGAGUGGGUGGUGUUUCAGUGCAAGGCUGUGUCUGAUCCUCACGGCAGCUUCUGUCUCUCCAGCACUGUUGUGCUUCCCAGGCCUGUGGUGGAUGCAGCAGGCUCAUCCUGCCUGCACAUAAGCAAUUGCUGCAGGUUCUGCUGGGCCCCAUCCUGCACAAUCCUGGCUUGCUCCAGGGCUCUUAGUGCUGGCAGCACCUGCAUUUGAGGGAAAAGGAGUGAAGGUGCUGCCUGGGCUCUUCCAUCACCAGUUUUGAGUCCCUCCUGUGCUGUGUGUGAAGAUCUGUGCAGGGCUGAGGGCUGGGGAAAGCAGUGUUCCCACUUCAUAGAGGUGCUCACAAUGGUCUGACAGGAGCUGUCAGUGUUAUCUCUGGACCUGCACCUGCUCCCUGCCCAGUUCUGAUCUGUAA